AUGGUAUACUGUGGCAAGCCUUCACGGGGCUGCCAGAUGUGCAGAACUCGAAGGAUAAAGUGUGAUGAAACCAAACCCACUUGCAACCAGUGUCAAAAAUCAAGACGACAAUGUCCAGGAUAUAAGGAUGACUUCGAUCUUGUCUUUCGUAAUGAGACAAAAGCUACAGAGAGACGAGCACAACGAUCAUUAAAGAACAAGAGGGGCAGCAAUAACAACACCCAGAUUGGACCAGUGAAUAGAAGUGAUGCAAGUCGCAAGUUUUCAAUUGUCUCUAAUUCAAGUUCCAACGAUGCCGAAAUCAUGUAUUCAACGACUGGAAUGGAGCUGGCCAAGAUUGAAUCCAACGGCAGUGAUUCCUCAUCUUCAGAUGCCCUAGGAUUACAAGUGGCCUUCACCAGUCCUAUCGAGCAACAAGCACCAUGUUAUUUCAUGUCAAAUUUCGUCAUUAUACCACAGAGCGGACAAAUACGAGGCUCAUUUGACUGGGUAUUACCAUUAAUCAAGAUGGAAGCUCCUGACUCGGCAUUAUCUCUUUCAUUCCAAGCUGUGGCCAUGGCUUCUUUAGCAAAUAAACCAAAUGCGAGAGGAAGCAAUUUGAUGCAUUUAGCUAUUGAGAAUUACGCCAAGGCGUUGAAGGUUGUUAACUUGGCGCUACAAAAUUCAGUGCAACAAAAAACCGAUCAGACACUAGCUUCGAUUCUAUUAUUGGGAUUCUUCGAAACUAUUACUCAAGAGAAAGCGAGUAUCACGGCUUGGGGAUCACACAUCGAUGGAGCUGUACAAAUAGUGAAGAUGAGAGGGAAGAAACAGUUAAGGACGAAAGUUGGUGUUGCUUUAUUCCAAAGUGUUCGAGGACAAAUGCUUGUCAACUGUCUCUCUUCAUCCAAGACUCCCAUGCUAGGCGCCGACUGGUGGUGCGCUGAUUCUCAGAAAGAUGAAGGGGCUGCCUUUGUCAACAGAUUAAACCUUCAAGUAGCCGAAUUGCGUAGCGAUCUGAACAGAAUACUAAUGUCACAUCCCCGGUCACCGGAAACUACCGAAUUAGUUACUGAGAUUAUGCAUCGUGCUCUAGAACUAGAGCAAGAGUAUCAAAGAUGGGAAGAAACGCAAACAAAGCAAACGGUAGCAUGGGUGGAUAAUAUUCCUGGGGGUGAUAUAACAAAAGCCGAUGUGUGUCCUGGACGAGUUGACCUGUACCCCGAUGUUUUCGCCUGCUCGGCAUGGAAUUUCUCCCGUGUAUCAAGGAUAUUCAUCGCUGCAAUAGUUAUCCGUUGUGCAGCAUGGACAUGCCAUCCCGUCGACUACCGGACCACGCCGGAAUACGCGCAAAUGUCGAGGAUGGGUCAGAAAAUGAUUUGUGAUAUUAUCGCUUCUAUUCCUUUCAUGUUUGGGUGGCAUUUAGAUGAUGAGGGAAGAUUGAAACCAGGAGAUCCUAUGAGUGGUAACGAUGCUACGGGCGUUAAGGCGUUAGGAGGGGUUUAUGCAAUUUGGCCACUGUUAUCAGUUAGUUGUAGUGAUUUCACGACGGAUUCGCAGAGGUUGUGGAUUAAAGGACGGCUCAAAUUCAUUUCGGAAGUCAUGGGCUUAAAUCAGGCCAAGGUUGUUAGUACUCUCCAGCUCCGUCUCCCAUCUAUGAUCGUCCGCCGCGAUAACAUGGGCUACGCACCGCCGAACGCGACAAACUCUGUUAGACCUUCAGGUAAACCGGCAAUUAUGCCCACGCUCCCCCCUUCUAUUUCGGCACUCAAUUUUCAACAACGAGAAGCUAUGAAGAGGGAAAUGUGGGAACGGGAACGAAAGGCUGCGAUGGAGAAGGUGAGAGAGGAACAGCAGCAACGACAACAAUAUUUGGGGAGGAGUGUGUUGGAGAAUAGUAGUGGGAAUAGUAAAUAUGGGCUGGGCUUGAGUGGGAAUGGUGUGGGAAAUGCAAAUGGGAUGCAGAAAACGGGAGAGAUGGGUUGGAAAAUUAGUAAUGAGCAGGGGAAGAAAUACGCGUGGUUGGAGGGGUUGGGAUGGUGGGAGACGACAGUUUGA